AUGCUUAAGCUCAUGAUCUGCCGACUCAAACGGCUAAGUACUCUUCCAAUGCCUUGGUUGAGCAACUUAGUUUGGGACCUUGUAACUGGCCAGUUGGUAUGGUCAGUGCUUCCUCAGGUUCAAGCUGCUCCUCUGCUUCAAGCUCUCCAGCUGCUUCCUGGUCCAAGUUCUAGCAACCUCCUCCAUGAUCAUAUCAGUUUGCCAAGUGAAGACCCCAUUGAUCACCUUGAUGAGUUUGAUAGGCUAUGUGAUUUGACAAAGAUCAAUGGUGUCUCUGAAGAUGCCAUCAAGCUGAGACUCUUUCCUAUGUCUCUAGCUGACAAAGCUCACCAAUGGGAGAAGAGCUUGCCCCAUGGCACAAUCACCACUUGGGAUGAAUGCAAGAAGGCCUUUCUUGCUAAGUUUUUCUCCACCGGUCGCACAGCCAAGCUGAGGAGUGAGAUAUCGAGCUUCAUACAGAGGAACAAUGAGACUUUUGCUGAGGCUUGGGAGAGGUUCAAAGGCUACACAAGUCAGUGCCCACAUCAUGGUUCAACAAUGAGUCAUUGCUCUCUACUCUUUAUAGAGAUGCUUGCAAGGUAUAGAGAGAUGUUAGACACAGCCAGCAAUGGGAACUUCCUCAAUCAGGAUGUGGAUGAUGGCUGGCAACUUGUGGGAAACAUUGCAAACUCAAUGGAAGCUAUGGAGAAGAGUAUGAUCGCACCAACGGAGCUCGACCCACCACUCGAUCGAGUCGGAUGA